CCGCUUCAAGGGAGGGCUAUUGAUCCGCGCGCAUUUCGGCCGACGAUCGGAAGUAGAGUGCCGCGGACGACGGGGCGCACGUCGUCCGUAAAUAUUCGUUCGGUGCAUUGUGACCGGAUCUAAAGGCGGAUAAAAAGACAUCCUUUUAGCGUUCAGGUAGCAGCGUGGCCAAAGAUGGUCGGUGGAGUGACGGAGGGUGGGCCUCUCAUUCGACCUGUCGAGCCCGUCUCGACGGCGACGCUGGUGACGUUAUGUCUCGGCGCCGCUUUCUUAUUAUGCGCCGUCGCGAUGACCUGGUGGCUCUGCCGACGACGUCGCGAACACACCAAGCUAAGCUCCGACAAGUCCCUGGCAUUCAGACCGCCGCACCGGAAACCUACGGCGGUUAAAAGUCCCGGUAGCACGAGCCACUAUUUGAAAAAGAGCCCAUCACCGACGGGACCGGCCAAAAGUCCGCCCGGUUCUGGCGGACAAACGCCGAGUCCGACCGGAUCUCAGUCUUCGAAUCCUGCAUCUCAGCCUAGAACACCGCAGAGCGCAGGUACGCCAGUACAAACGCCACCCGUUGAAGUUGCUGUGAGUAUAGAAAAUGAGCGCGACAAGGCUGAGCUGGAAAAUAAUGAAAAGGUUGAGCGCGAGAAGAGUCAAACAGCAGAAAAUAAUAAGGAUAACUUGGGCCAGCUAGUUUUUAAACUGCGCUAUCGAAGCGAACAAAAUGCGCUCGCGGUGACAGUGGUGAAAUGCAAAGGAUUACCUGCCAGAGGCCAGCAGAAUGCCACCAGUGAUCCUUACGUAAAACUGCAAUUAUUACCCGACAAACAGCAUCACGUGAAAACUAGAGUCCUCAGAAAUACUAGAGAUCCAGUGUACGAUGAGGAUUUCACAUUUUUCGGCAUAUCACAGAGUCAACUUCAGAAAAUUAGCUUACACUUCAUCGUUCUGAGUUUCGACAGAUACUCUCGCGAUGAUAUUAUUGGAGAACUGACGUGUGCUUUAUCAUCAGUGCCCGGUUUAGAAGAUGCAGAUAAUCAGGAAAUAUCUCUCUGUCGAAAAAUAUGCCCUAGAAGUUUGAAGAUACAGUCGCAAGGAAGAGGAGAAUUGCUGGUCUCGCUUUGCUGGCAACCAGUCACUAGCCGACUAACGGUAGUGGUAUUAAAAGCACGAAAUCUACCUAAGAUGGAUGUGACCGGACUCGCUGAUCCAUACGUGAAGAUUUAUCUUCUGUACAAUCAGCAACGUAUUGCUAAGAAGAAGACGCACGUGAAAAAACGUACACUCAGUCCGGUAUUUAAUGAGUCAUUUGUCUUCGAUAUACCGAAUGGUGCAGACGGACUCAACAAUGUCAGCCUCGAGUUUAUGCUACUUGAUUGGGAUCGAGUUACGAAAAAUGAGGUAAUCGGCCGGCUAGAAUUCGGUGGACCAAAAUGUCAAGGUUCCGCUGUAAAUCAUUGGAAAGAGGUAUGCAGUUCACCGCGACGACAGAUAGCCGAUUGGCACAAACUGCGGGAGUAACCAGUCUCUCCUGGCCCUAUAUACGUAUCAGCUCGAAUUCCUACAUCUCCGAUUUCCCUAGAAACUCCAUAUCCUUCGCUAUGAAAUCACUGAUCCAACCCUUGAAACCCUACGAGAAGAUAGGGGUGUCUGUUUUGUAAACCUAAUACUCAAUGUAUAUUAGGCUUGAAAUGAAUAGUUCGUCUACCCAUAAUCGCUGUCAUUGAGAGAUUUUUGAAUUUGUAAAUGAAAAUGUUAUAUUUAUUAGUAAAUGGAUUUAAAAAAUUAAAAACA